GACGUCAUGUUCCCGCGACUGUUUAUAUGCGACACACCAUCAUGGCUCUGUUUCCAGCUUUCGCAGAAGUAGAGAGUAACAAAGUUGAAGAUUCGUCCAAAGAAUUAGACUGGCUACAAAAUAAGAGUUUUCAGACCAGAGAUGCCCUCUCUCUUCAUACUCGUUUUUUUGAGACGACUGAGAGGCUCAACGAGAAGGAAUCAAGGGCGGGCAGAGAGGUGAGCUCUGUGGAGGAGAAGUCAGGGGAGGAAGAGGGUAACGUGCCACCAAAGAAGAAGAAAAAGAAGAGUGAAAAGAAGAAGAAAAAGAAGAAAAAACACAAAAAGAAGAGCGGGAGGUAUUCAGACAGCAGUGGAUCUGACUCUGAAACAAUUUACCCCAGUGACCUCAAAAGGGAGGAAGAGGCAGAUGGGCCCAAGGUUGCUCCGUUAGCAAGUCGUUUCUCCUGGUUGGAUGACCUCCAGUCGCCCACAGACCAGCCGUUUUGUGUGGACCGUAAAGCAGACGCAGCCAACUGGACGUACAAGUCCCUGUACAGGGGAGACGUAGCCAGGUAUAAGAGGAAAGGUAGCUCGUCCUUGGGUCUGGAUCCUCGCAGGCAGGGAGUCAGCUGGGAGGAGUCGGAGUCAAAUAAGAAACAGAAAGGUGGGGACAAGAAGAAAGCAGCAGACAGAUACUUCUCUGCAGUCAGUCGCCAGCUGCUGAAGUCAGAGCCCCCUGUUCCUACAUUACCAACGAUUCCUGAGUGCAGUGAUGCCUCCUGCCUCGCCUCCUUCCUCCCGCUGGGUGACGAUGAGGGGAAAAAAGGAGGAGAGAUUGGUGACAGAGGGCAGACAUCGGCAGCAAAUCCACUCGGUGUGUAUGACUCCUCUACUGCCCUCUGGCUGCAGGGGAAGGGAAAACAGGACCAGCCGGAGCAGCAGAAGCAGGACGUGCAGACUGUGCAGAGUGCAGCGAUUUUGACUGGGAGGACUGAAGAGUUUAACAGGCGGCUCAGAGAGCAGCCAGCAGACACACAGCUAUGGAUAAAAUUCAUACGAUACCAG